AUGAGUGCAGGACAAGUUCGAACAAAGGCGACUACCAAACAAACCAAAACAUCUGCUAAAGGAAGUGAAAACCGUACAGCACAAUCAAAAGGAUAUCUCAAAAAAGGAACUGGUAAAACAACCACAAGUUCAGGACCAGAUCGAACAGAUGUGAUUCGAAAGAUGUUAUAUGAACAAAAAGAAGAAGAAAGUCAAAGAUUAGAAAGAUUAUCAACUAUUAUACCAUCACCCGAAAUUCAUGAAACGAUUCAUAGAGCAUGGCAAAUAAGAUUAAGAGAAAGACGAGAAAAAGUCAAUCAAAGAUUAGAAAGACAAUACCGAUCAAUAGAUCAAGCAUUAGAAGAAUUAAGAUUAGCGGAUUUAUCAUUAUAUUUAAAAACUUUAAAAGAUUCAGAUGGGAAUAUAGCUAGAUUAGAAAAUGUUGGAUCUAGAGUCAAAGAUUUAGGAGUUAAUGCAACGGGAAAAUUACCAGGAUUGUUUCCUAGACAAAUGAGAAUCCCUUCGGAAAGUUCACCUAGUCAUGGAAAAGUUUGGGAUCAUGAUUGGAAGAAUCCAAUGAAUCCAUUAUUAGAUCUUAAUUCAAAUUAA